AUGUUAUUGAAAAUAAACAUUAUUAAUGCAAUAACGGUAGCCAUAUCCAAAUACGUACAUCCAUCUAAACAAGCUAAUAGACACCCAUUGUUUUUAGAUGAGGAUUUAAGAUUUGUGGUACAACCUAGUAAUUUUAGAUCAGUUUUUAGAAUUGAUGAGGAUAAAGACACACAAAAGUUAAGAAUAUCAGUUAAUGGACGUAUUUUAGACGCAAAAGAUGGAAAAAAGGCUAGAUUAGAACAUUGUAAUGAUGAAAUUCUCAAAAAAGAACAAGAAGAUACUGCUAAAGAAAUAGCUGAUCUGUUCAAAAAAGAUAGUAGUAGUUGUUAUAACCCAAAUCGUUAUUCAUCAAAUAAAUCAAACAAUAGAGAUUAUUACAAUUCAAAUAGAAAUGGAUAUGAUUCAAAUUAUAGAAAUGGAUAUGAUUCAAAUAAUAAAGAUUAUUACAAUUCAAAUAGGAAUGGAUAUGAUUCAAAUUAUAGAAAUGAUGAUUAUCGAAAAAAUGAUAAACGUCAAAAUUCUACUUAUGAUUCAGAUUAUGGCAGUAAUCAGUAUAAUAGAAAUGAUUCUAAAGGUGGUUAUAAUAAAAAUAAAAAUGGAAAUUAUAAUAGAAAUAGUGGUAGAGGAACAACAACAGAAAGAAUAAUAAGUAAUGAAGAAAAAGAAAGAACUCAAAGAUUACAUGGUUUUAAUAACGGUGUAAAUUUUUUGGUUGAACCAAAAGAAAAUGACACUGAAGAUUAUUCAGAUGAUGAAUAUGAACAAGAUUUUAAAUCAAAUAAUAACAAAUUACAAUUAAAGAAAAAUGAUAUUAAAGAAACAAAAUUAAAUAAUAAAGAAACAAAAUUAAAGAAAAAUGAUAUUAAAAAUUAUCUUAAAAAGGAAACAAAGAAUAAAGUUAAUAAUUCAAAAGAAAAUAAAGUUAAUAAUUCAAAAGAAGAUAAAGUUAAUGAUUUAAAAGAAGAAAAAUUGAAAUCAAGCAAAUUAUUCAAUUUAAAUAAAAAUCAAAACAAUUUCAAUGAAGAUGAUUCAAAUGAAAAUUCAAUUAAAAAAAAUCAUAAUGAUGAGAAAAAUUCUAUUAAAGAAAGUAAUAAUAAGAAAAGUAAAUUAAAAGAAAGUAAUAAUAAGAAAAGUAAAUUGAAAGAAGGUAAAACUAAGUUAAUUAAUUUAAAACAAAACCUUAAAUCAGCUAAUAAUUAUGAUGAUUCAGAAUAUAGUAGUUCAGAUAUGAGUAAUGAGAGUAAAGAAGGAUAUGUAUGGACAUUUUUCCCAGUACAUAAGGGAGGUAACGAUAAAACAAUUGUAGUAAGAUAUGGACGUGAUAAGUGUUUAACUCAUUCAAUGGCUCUUAAGAAAUGUAAGUUUGAAGAUGAAAGAAUAGGAUUGUUUAAUUUGGAUUGUGAAUUCUAUUUUGAUAUUUUCCCAUUUAAUACCGAGAAAUCAUUAGAAAAAUUAGAAUAUUACCUUAAUAAGCUUAAAAACUCAAAUAAUAAAACAGAGGAAAGAAUUAAACAAGCUGAAUGUACGCCAUACAAAUCACCCAAUCCUUGUUUACCUUCAGAUAAGUGUGAUGAAAUUAAGAAAAAUUACCCAGUUAUUUAUUUACCAGAAAAAAAUGAUAUUUUAAAAGAAGCAUUAAUGAAAACAGUUGGAGAUGGAUCUAGUAGAUUUAUAAAUUAA